AUGACAAGCAGACGAUGGGUUGUGUUGGACGACGUCGACACGAACAUUGUAUAUGGAGGGACAUGGUUCACCGUUUACGACUCAUCCGGUAGCCCAGGUGAUAAUGGACCAGCGUACAUGGGUACGUUGCAUGGGGUGAACGAGACAGACCUAGCGGUGGCCACUUUCGAAUUCGAUGGGUCUGCAGUAAAGGCUAUUGGACCAGGCAAUCGUAGCAACUCGCCAGGUGCACCCGGAUGGGAUUGCCGCAUCGAUAUGGAGAGUGUCGGUUCGCGCACCACGCAGAAUAUCGAAAACAGUCUGGAGUUGUGUGUGUGGGAUGCCCCGGAUGGGUCUGCGGGGCGGCAUAGGUUGGAGGUGCUGGCUUGGGCGCAGGGGCAGGCAUUUUGGCUGGACCGAAUCGUGUAUGUGCCUGCCCCUGGAGCGGACGUGGGGAGUCCUGUGGUUAUGCUUGAGAUCGGCGACCCUGCGAUCGCGUAUGGGGAGGGGUGGCUGCUGCUGGAUGAUGAGGCGGCGACUAUGACGCAGGAGAGGGGGGCGACCGUCGAAAUCGAGUUUGUAGGGACUCGAUUGACCUGGGUGGGCUAUGUACCAGCUGAGGUCCCCCACGGUCCAGCAAGCGGUGCCUUCUCCAUCGACGGGAGGGCCCCGGCGACUUUCACUCUGCGUGGGCCUCCUGAGGGGGGUGAUCCCUCGGAAGCCCCUCCACUGUACCACCAGACUUUCUUUCAGACGCCCCAGCUGCCUUUCGGACCCCACAAAGUCGUUGUCGAAUACCAUGGGGACGCGAGCCUGACUCCGCUCACCCUUUCGCAUAUAUUUAUUCAAGAUGGGAAUUGUACUGUUCCUGCACCUGGCGAGCCGUCGGUUUUUGAUACGUGGACGAAGCCCAGUCCGUCUUCUGGUUCUGAGCCGACCUCGUCGUCUCCGGCUGGUCAAAAUGCAAGUACGACCAAUGGGGUACCGGUUGGGGCGAUCGUUGGGGGAGCGCUUGGAGGGUUAUUCCUACUCCUUCUUUCCAUCUUGAUGGUGGUCUUCCUGCGAAGGAGGGGGUCGAACUCGAGUACUGGAAAUAGCUCGAGUCGGAAUGUGGAACAAGUGGGUACUUCGAGUUGGGGACGGACAAGUCCUAGUACACAACACCCCCAACCAUUCGAUGUCGCGCCGUAUUUCUCGGGUAACGAACACCUUAUCCCGGGUGUUCGUCCGCUGGUUUCGUACCAUCCUCCGGUGAAAGGAGGGGUAGUGGGAUCUGUGUCGGAUGGUCGGGCGACGGAGGGUGCUGGUACGCCGGUACCUUGUGGUGCGUCGGGGAGUCAGGGGUCUACGACUCAGGCUGGGAGUGGUUCGAUGGGAGUGGGGUCGACGGCGUGGGGAUCUGGAGUUGCUCUGGUAGGCGACAGUGGUGCAGGGGCGCCUUUGCGGGAGGGGCGUUUGGAAGAUGACGAUGAUGUUCCACCUACGUACUCGGCUACAUGA